AUGGAUGUAGCUUGUUUGUCAGAAGUCCGUCUUCCUCAUGUCAGUUCUCGAGUAAUUAUUAAACCUGGUUCUCAGCAAAGAUAUUGGCUAUAUCACAGUAGUGUCUCGAAUAAUUCGGGGCGAAAUGGCGUAGCGAUUGUCACGUCUGAAAAGGCUCGAUCCGCUUUGAUUGAAUGGAAGCCAGUAAAUGAUCGUAUGGCCUAA